GACCAGUCCACACAAGGUGAGUGUUUGUGAAGCCUCUCAUUGGACGCCUCUAUUUAUUCUCAAUCCUCGGUAGCUCCACCAAGUAGAACAUAUUUCCCCAAAAAUCAGAGAAAAAUAAAUAAAUAAAUAUAUAAAUAAACAGGGCUCUCUCAUGGCAACAGAGGCGGGCGAAUCGGCGGCGGCGGCGGCGGCGGCGGCGGCGGGGGAAUCGGCGGCGGCGGCGGCGGCGACGACGCCGGCGGUGAUGGUGGUGGGGAUCGAUGAGAGCGAGCACAGCUUCUACGCGCUGGAGUGGACCCUCAGCCACUUCUUCUCCGGCGCCGGCGCCGUCUACCCCUACCGCCUCGUCGUCGUCCACGCCAAGCCCACCGCCACCUCCGUCGUCGGCCUCGCCGGGCCCGGUGCAGCAGAAGUUCUGCCAUUUGUGGAAUCUGAUCUGAAGAGGAGCGCUGUCAGGGUUAUCGAGAAGGCCCAGGAGCUCUGCAAAUCGGUCAGUGAUGUUGUGUAUGAGGUGGUGGAAGGAGAUGCGAGGAAUGUGCUUUGUGAGGCAGUAGAAAAACAUCAUGCAGACGUCCUGGCUGUGGGAAGUCAUGGCUAUGGAGCGAUAAAAAGGGCUGUUUUGGGAAGCGUGAGCGACUAUUGCGCUCACCAUGCGCAUUGCACUGUGAUGAUAGUGAAGAAACCGAAACACAAAGCGAAAACCAAGCACUGAGCAGUAAAGUUGUUGAUAGCCAGAAAAGGGGUAAAGUUCUCCGCAUUGCCCUAAUAAGCGGAGUUCUAGAAAUCAGUAUUUGUUACUUCAAAUCAGGUAUUUAGAUGUGUGCUUCUGGGGAAAGAAGCAUACAUGAUGCACAUUUUCCACUUAUUCUGUGUAUGCUGUGACUUAAAUGAUAUAAUAGUUGUUGUAUGUAUAAAAUGCCAACCCUACUAGAGUUUUGUAAAAUUCCAAACCUGCUGGGUAAUGUUGUCCAGAAACUUAUUGUUUCUUCAACUUUGGUCUUUUGCUUGUCA